AUGUGCUCUCAUUCGAGGCGCUGUGGCGCAUUCCCCACCGUUACUCAGGACGCCGCUCUCGCGGGCGGAUCUGUUCUCUCGCCCGGUUGCCAACUUACUCCAGCCACUGACUUGCCUGUUGUUUGCAGUGUCAGGUCUCAGGAGACCUCAAAAACGGGUUGUGUUGUGGCGUUAGGUGAGAACGAGAUUAGUACGGGCGUUCCACAAAGGUCAAAUGGACGUUCCUAACCUGAUCUAUCGGUUCUCAGAUUCCCCUCCUGUGGGCUCGAUACGGAACUGUCACUGAUACGUGAUGGGGAGGGGGUCUAGCGCUUGACUACGUUAGUACUCUAGCUUCUGGAUCCGCUCUCACGUGUGACCCUUCAGUGCCAGCAAGUCUUUAAGUUGUCCAUAUCAUUAAACGAUUCCAGGAAUUCGAUUGUUCGACCAUCGCAACUGGCCGCAACUUCAAAACGUGAACGCAGGAGUGCCUUUUGCGGUAACAUGUUCAUAGCGAAGCAGAUUUGCGUACAAUCUGCCCUGUUUUCUCCUCCUUUCAUACCCAGCAUGCUCCGGUGGUGAGACCAAGUCCGAAAUACCCACAGAUGGGCGUUAACAAAUUGACCGACAAAGUAAAGCAGUCCGUCUGCGCUUGGCACACGGCCUACCCAGGUGCGACGUUUCGCUCGUCAUACGGCCAUUAGUAAAGUACACUGCAUGCGAAUGAUGCAUGGGUGUCCUACGAUGUGUGCUCCCCAGACGGGCUACGUGGCAAAUACUCUGGACCAACACGGGGGCCAUACCGGAUCCUGGCAGGCGUUGUCGGAAUGCGUACCAUAACAAAUGCCGGCAGACGCCGCGCACAUUGGAAUCCCUGUAGCCCUCCCUAUUGUUGUCAUUGGUUAGAAUCCUGGUCAUUUGUUGUGUGGACCGGGGAGGUGUGGAGUGGAACGCCAAGGUGCGGACUCGACCACACCAUCCACCUGUGCCCCCCCCGCCUCCGGUCUUCUUGACUCUGUCUUUACACCGGGCUCAAGCGGGGGGCGGAGCGGAGAGAGUGCGGUAGAUGCUGGGCAAGUCUACUACCACUAUAAACUAAUUCAAGCGCACGUCACCGUGCCUGUUUCACCUGGUCGUGAAGCGCACGGUGGACAUCAUCGGAAACGACGGUCAAACUGCCGUGUUGUACGAUGUGCCGCUGGCAGUUGUCGUGUAUAUUUGCGUCAGCCUCCGUUGGUUGACCGGCUCAGAGAGGAAAGAGAGGAGGAGGAGGAGGAGGAGGAGGAGGAGGAGGAGGAGGAGGAGGAGGAGACUGAAUCGAAACGCCAUCACUGUGGCGCAUCAGCACAAUGCACACUAUCAUAG